CUCUCUCUCUCUCUUGCUCUCUCUCUCUCUCUCUCUCUCUCUCUCAUCACACAGACUCAGCUGACGCGGCGCUGAGAGCUCGCGGGCAGGAAAAGCGGAAUGAGGCAGAGGUGAGAGUCAAUUCAAUGGAUGGUCAGUUUCACACCUGCAGUGCACCAGCACCAUGAAAAGGCCCGUCCUAACACAGACUGUGCUAUAGCUGCCAUCUUUCCGUCACCAUGGUGAGAGAUAGAGCUCCUGGACCUUGACUGUGUUGCCAUGGUGACCUUGUCGACGCUGUAGAGACGCUCUGUGAAAUCAGUUGCAAUGGUUAUCCUGUAGCAAACAACAGUUGCCAUGGGAACAUCCAGGAUGUUCCGCGUCUUUGUGGUCCUGGGCUCUGCCUUCAUGAUCCUCCUCAUCAUCAUCUACUGGGAUGAUGUCGGAGUCUCACAUCUGUAUUUGCACACUCCCAUAUCGCCGGGUCCCAAAAUCCUGCACGCCCCUCCCCCGCAGCAUCCUCAAACCUCCCGAACCCCGUCCUUCCUGUCCGACAUUGAUGCCUUCGUGAACCAGUUCUUAGAGCCAGGAACUGGUGAGCCCACAGACCCCGCCCCGCCGGACUCAAGUAACCAAUCAGAGAAAGCAGAAGAGCGGUAUAUACCGAGAAGAGAGUGGAAGAUUCACCUGACUCCAUUGGCAGCGGAGCUUCGUGAAAGACAGGAGCAGCGGCGGAGGUUACUCCAGGAGAUGUGUGCAAAUGACAGCAUGGCGUUUCCUGGCAAAAACCGUUCAUUUGAUGAUAUCCCCAACAAGGAGCUGGAUCAUCUUAUAGUGGACGAUAGGCAUGGUAUUAUCUACUGCUAUGUUCCCAAGGUAGCGUGCAGUAACUGGAAGCGCAUCAUGAUAGUCCUAAGUGAAAGCAUGCUGCAGGACGGCGUUCCCCAAAGAGACCCGCUGGCGAUCCCCAGGGAACUUGUCCACAACAGCAGCAUGCACUUCACGUUCAACAAGUUCUGGAAACGCUACGGCAAGUUUGCAAAGCACCUCAUGAAGGUGAAGCUGAAGAAGUACACCAAGUUUCUUUUCGUGCGGGACCCCUUUGUGCGCCUCAUCUCCGCCUACAGGAAUAAAUUUGAGUUACGCAACGAAGACUUCUAUCGGCGCUUUGCACAGGUCAUGCUGCGUCGCUACGCCAACCAGCCAACACCUCCUGCCUCAGUGGACGAGGCAUUCAAUGUGGGUGUCCACCCCUCCUUCUCCAACUUCAUCCAGUACCUCCUGGACCCUCAGACAGAAAAAGAGAUGCCCUUUAAUGAGCACUGGCGGCAGGUGUACCGACUCUGCCACCCAUGCCAGAUUCAGUAUGACUUUGUGGGCCAUCUGGAGACAGCAGAGGAGGACGCAGAGCACCUUCUGCGACAGCUUCGGGUGGACAAUGUGGUUGAGUUCCCCACCUCCCAUAGGAACCUCACAGCCAGCAGCUGGGAGGCUGAUUGGUUCAGCACAGUGCCUGUCGAGGUGAGGAGAGAACUCUACAAGCUGUAUGAACCUGACUUCAGGCUCUUCGGCUACGACAAACCAGACUGGAUCCUCGACGAGUGACUCAUGUUUCUACGAAGCUGAUCACACAACUCAGACACAGUGUUUUUAUUAAUGUUAUGAAUAACCCCACGCUCAACAGCAACACCUCCAUCUCUCCUCCUGUCACAUCUGUUCUUCACUGAAUGUGCACAUUGAGGAAACUCACUCCUCUGAGGAAGCACACCUAUGCCAGGUAACACCUAUUAUCCAUUACUGAAGUUAAAUCACAAAGAUAACACAAAGCACACACAUAGAGGGGAGAACGUUAAGAUGCAGAUUUCUCUGAGAGUAAGCCCCUAAGAAGAUGUACAUUCAUUGUUGUUUACUCAAAACUGAGGUAAGGAAAACAUCUAAGUGUCACAGGCCCUGAUCAGACAUGGUGCAGGUUCUUUAACAUAAAGCAUGCUAAACUGCCUUUUUUUUGGUUGAAGCCAACAAUAUUCAGAAUACUGCCCAAUCUGAUUGCCUGACCUUAAAUAUGUAAGAAAAUAUUGUUUUUAGUCGUGUUUUGGCCAUUUUUGCCUUUUAUUGGAAACAAAACCUGAAGAGAGACAAGAAAUGUUGGUAGGAGAGAGGGGGGGAGGGGCAUGUAGCAAAGGACCGAGGUCUAAUUGGAACUCAAGGCCACUGUCUAGGACUUCAGCCUUAGUAUAUAACCAUCAACUAACAUUCUAAUAUCCCUUCAUGUCUUAUAAGUAUAGGACUUAUUUGUUAAAGUCCUAUAGCCCCAGGUAUCCAACAAAAGCCCUCCAUAGUUUGUUUCUAGACAAAUUAAAGUUUCUAAGCAACUUAGACACUCUUUCAUCACCAUAACCGAAAGCUGCCCCAAUUCCCCCAAUUGGGGAAAUAAACGCAUUUGGAAUAGUUAGAGCGCUGCUGGGGAAACACGAGGCGCUCCAGGUGUCACACAACUUGAAAAAUGAAAGCUGUCAUUGCAGAAAUCCCGUACUGUCUGAUGUUGGGCCUUGCACUUUCAUUUUUGUUGUCAUGCCAAGACUGUUAUUUCUGUUGUCACAGUUGUGUCGUGACCGACGGUGAUAUUAACACAUGCUUCAUAACAGGAUUGGUUAAGUGAUGUCAGAUAUCAAUACUCUUUUGUGUUUGCGAUCAUACUGGUACGUUUUGACUUGAGUUAUUCCAAUACAGAUCCAAGUAAUGAUAUUGGCUCAGGACACUGCCUGAAAUUAGAUAUCAGUCAGUAUGCUGGUACAAAAGUGUUGAACCAGUGCCAUAACAAAUUACCAGCUCCCCCAGAAAAAUCUUCUGUUUUCAGGUUUAUUAUUGUUUAAAUCAGUAUUUACCAAAUUUACUCUUGGGUAUUGAUAGGAAAAAUAAGUAAUGGAAACAGCUUCCGUUUUUACAUCACUGUAAAUGCAGCAGACAGGAAAUUCAGUCUAAACAAGAUGUAAAUGUAUUAGUUUAAAGUGUAGUUGCACUAGAUUUUUGGCGGUCUAAUUUAAUGCACGUUGAGUUAAGUGCAAUGUUUCUUUGCAUGAAAGGGAUUUUUAUGUUGCAGAUAUAUACUCGAUGACAGCUAUUCAUUUAAAAAAAGAAAAAGGUUGAAUUAUUUCAUACCUCAUGAAGAUUAUUCUUAUAUGUUACAUAUCACAUAAUGCACAACCUUCAAUAUGAAGCAUUUCAGACUACACUUUAACUGCUUUGCAUCAUUUUAACAUUUCAUAGUCUGCUACUCAUGAUAAAUUGUUCGUCAUAGGAGAGGCGUAUCAGCUCUGGGUCAUAGCUGAAUGUGUCUCAGCUUGUGUUUGAGGCAUUCAACUGAGCUUCAGCAUUCUUGUGUUUCUCAGCUUUGAUGUACACAGGUGCGCCACUGUGUGUUUAAAAGGCCAGCUUUUCAAAGGGAACAUGUCCUUUUAUUGCCUCUUGUUACCAAGAUGAUGUUUUGAUGAUGAUUUUAUCCGUUUAUGUAUGUAUGUAUUUACACACAAACUGUUUUUACUAACACUGAACUACAUUGGUUAAUCCAGGAGACAGUGUUGUUCCUCUUGCUUACUAAAAAAUAAGGAACGCUUUUCAAGUUUUUAUGGCAGCAUUUUCAUGGCACGUAGGAUUCUGUAGCAUGGAGCUGAACACAUUUCAAGGAGUGUUUUCAGUAUGUGCGAUGCAAUGCGACAAGUUCUGCCAGUACUCUAAAUCGAUGCAAAACGAGGCUAUGGUCAGCGAUAUCGUCCGUUUUUGAAGUGAAGGUUUGAUCAUGGGAUUGUCAGGAUUAAUCACACCAUGAGCUGAGAGCGGGAAGAUAAGAUAGUGCCUUUGGAUGUAAAAGUUUACACAGCAAAAAAAAAAAAAAAAAAAAAAGUAUUUUUGUAGAAGGACUACAUUUUUAUUUUAAACACAAAGCAGUGAGAGCUAUAUGAGGCCACCCCAAGGUGUACUUGACACCCUGAGCUUCGUUUAUCAUGUGUGGUUAUAAAAAGGAGAGAAAAGGAAGAACACAGACGUUCAGCAGAAUGAUCAAACUGUCUUUAUGAGUCUCCGAGGACUCUCUUGUGUCUACUCAUGGAUUUGUUUGUAUGCCAUUUAACACACAGGAUAACUGUGGUUUGUACUGUAUGUGAUAUGGACUUGGUCUGUGCAACCUUAUUCUGCAAGUCACUAAAGAUGUUCUUAUUCACACCAUCAACAUGUGUUGUCUCACUGCCUUUGGGCUUAUUUGUUUGUCUUUUUUUUUUUUUUUAAAUUGAUAUCAAACUUUGACUGUACAGACUUUGUUCUCAUCUAAUGGAAGAAAUGAUUGAGCUUCAGUACUGCAGCUUGAAACCAGGGACCGUAUAUUUCGAUGUGACAUCAUUUGGAGGCAGAGUCUGUGCUGCGGUGUCAACAUCUCAACCCUCCUAUAAAGCGAAACUCUAACCAAUAAAACGUCCCUUAAAUCGGCGGAGUCGGUUUGAUGUAGACACGCUUAUGGAAAGUU